GGAGGGAGAGGAGGGAUAUUUUGGUGGUGCGCUAACUGCUAAACUGCGCAGCGGAGAGAGAGAAGGCGGGUUAGUGCUAAAAUACACAGGGGGUGAAAGAUGUCGACUCUGAGCGUUCCACCGGUGCUUACAUCGCCUCAACAUGACGCCGUCCAACUCUACAAAGCUUUCAAAGGAUUUGGCUGCGACACUGGAACAGUUGUUGAUAUCCUUGCCCAUCGUGAUGCAACACAGCGCGCUCUCAUUCAGCAGGAAUACAGAACCAUGUAUUCCGACGAGCUCACCAAGCGUCUCUCUUCAGAGCUUAGUGGUGACCUUAAGAGAGCAGUUCUUCUUUGGAUGCAUGAUCCAGCUGGACGCGAUGCAACCAUAGUCAGGCAGGCAUUAACUGGGGAUAUCAUUGAUCUGAAAGCUGCUACUGAAGUAAUAUGUUCUCGGUCCUCAUCUCAGAUACAAGUAUUUAAACAAGCAUAUCAUGCAAAAUUCGGUGUGCAUCUUGAGCAUGACCUCAACUUUCACACCAGCAGUGAUCACCUGAAGUUGCUGCUUGCUUAUGUAAGCAUAACACGCUAUGAAGGCCCAGAGGUUGAUCGAGCAAUGGUAGAUAAAGAUGCUAAGGUUCUCUAUAAAGCUGGGGAAAAGAAAUUGGGAACAGAUGAGAAGACCUUCAUUCACAUUUUCAGUGAACGGAGCAGGCCGCAUCUGGCUGCUGUUUCUAUUGCUUACCAUCACAUGUAUGGCAACUCACUCAAAAAGGCAGUCAAGAGCGAAACAUCUGGACUUUUUGAGGAUGCACUCCUGACUAUCCUACGAUGCGCCGAGAAUCCUGCCAAGUACUUUGCUAAGGUGUUGCACAAGGCGAUGAAGGGUAUGGGAACCAAUGAUACAACCCUUAUAAGGGUAGUGGUGUCAAGGACUGAAAUCGAUAUGCAGUAUAUAAAGGCAGAAUACCAGAAGAAAUACAGAAAGCCGUUGGGAGAUGCGAUUCACUCAGAGACGUCAGGCCAUUACCGAGCAUUUCUCCUUGCCCUUGUGGGUCCAAACCAUUAGGCAGAUGCUAAGGUAUGGAUCUUCACCAAUCAUGUAAUCUUGGAUGUAGAGUUUGUUGUGAUCUUUCCUUCUCUGAAUGUUUUCCUUGGGUGGAUGAAAUUAAAAAAAAAACAAGGUUGUUUGUGUAUUGUGUAUUUUGCGUUACUCUAUUUUUACUGGCACUUUCUAUACAUGCUACUGUAUUGAACUACAUGAAUUGAAUCAUGGACCCGACA